GCUCCACGACCCGAACCCUCGUCGCCAUCCGCAGCCAUGGCCAGCUCUCGCGCGGCCGCAGUGCUCAUCCUCGCCCUCCUCGGGCACGCGGCUGCCGACGAGCAGGACGCGGACAGGUGCGGCAGCGGCUCGGAGGAGGCGUGCUCCUGCCUGCUCGCCUGCCCAGUCUUCGGCGGCGCCGGCGAGGGCGACGCCGUGCCCCAGUGCCACGGCAAGAGCAGCAGCGAGCUCCUCGAGAUCGUGGACGACCACGUGCGCACGGCGCUGCAGACUCCCGGCGCGGAGUGCGACGGGAUCAGCUGCGUGGUGGAGUGCGCUGCGAAGAUCGGGUGCCUCGACGAGAAGGUCCAGGGCAGGUGCUUGAGCAUUGUGCGGGACAGGCCCACCUGCCCCGUGGACUGCGGCAGCGGUCUCAGGACGCUGCCCUCCGUCCUCCCAAUGGCCGCAGCGGCAGCGGCGUUGGCCGCCGCAGCGACGAGCUAUUGA